GUAGUGAGACGGGCCUGCGCGCUGUCUUGGCUGAGGUUCACGGUAGAGGACGUUGGAGUCAUCUGUGGAAGAUUAAACGGAAUUUUCUCAUUUUAAAAACGACACAAAUCUUAGUAAACAUGUUUUCCUGCAUUGCCAGACCAGCUAUUCAUCUUAGCAGGAGCUUCUCCACCUCCGUACAGAGCAAUGCCCGAGUGGCAGUUCUGGGUGCGUCGGGUGGCAUUGGGCAGCCCCUGUCCUUGCUGCUGAAGAACAGCCCCCUGGUGAGCCAGCUCUCCCUGUACGACAUCGCCCACACCCCUGGAGUGGCAGCGGACCUUAGCCACAUCGAAACCCGGGCGCAUGUAACCGGCCACAUCGGUCCAGACCAGCUGGGAGAGUGUCUGAAGGGCUGUGAGGUUGUGGUGAUCCCUGCCGGUGUGCCCAGGAAACCCGGCAUGACCCGUGAUGAUCUGUUCAACACCAAUGCCACCAUUGUAGCCAAUCUAACAGACGCCUGUGCUCGCCACUGCCCAGAGGCAAUGAUCUGUGUCAUUUCAAACCCUGUCAACUCCACUAUUCCCAUUACAUCAGAGGUGCUGAAGAAGCACGGUGUCUACAACCCCAACAGAAUCUUCGGAGUGACUACCUUGGACAUCGUGCGAGCCAACACUUUUGUUGGUGAGCUAAAAGGUCUGGACCCUGCCCGUGUCAAUGUUCCUGUUAUUGGAGGUCAUGCAGGGAAGACCAUCAUCCCACUCAUCUCGCAGUGCACACCUAAAGUGGACUUCCCUCAAGAUAAGCUGGCCACUCUGACAAGCCGAAUUCAGGAGGCUGGCACUGAGGUUGUGAAAGCCAAGGCGGGGGCAGGAUCGGCUACAUUGGCCAUGGCUUAUGCUGGAGCUCGGUUUGUCUUCUCCCUGUUGGAUGCCAUGAAUGGCAAAGAGGGUGUUGUUGAAUGCGCCUUCGUGAGGUCUGAGGAAACUGAAUGUACCUACUUCUCUACACCUCUCCUCCUGGGGAAAAAUGGCAUUGAGAAGAACCUGGGUCUGGGCAAGCUGUCUCCUUUUGAAGAGAAGCUGCUUGCUGAAGCCAUGUCUGAGCUGAAGGGCUCCAUCAAGAAAGGGGAGGAGUUUGUGAAGAACCUGAAGUGAAGGGCCGGGUCUCCAAGCCAGCUGUGAAAGUCACUUUAAAAGACCGCAGUCUUGCGCCAAAGCACUUACUGUAAUGAAGAGGCUUUUACCAUCAUGUCCGUCAUGUUGCAGCUCUUUAUUACUGUUCAGUCUAAAUUAUAUCUGCUCGUCAAUAAACAAAUUGAUUUCUGA